CAUUUUCAACUUGCGUCACAAUGUGGUUGGAAGAUCGACGCGGCGUUGAACUACGCAAUCACACAACAGGCGAAGUUUCCGUUGACAAGCUGUUUCAUGAAAAUAUUUGUGAAGGACCUUGUUCGGGAGAGGAAGUGUGCGUCGGCAGUCGAAUGGUUCCCAGACAAGUCCCCGUCAAUUAUAAACGACCAAAAGACAAAAUUUUGCAACAAGCCAAGGAGUUUCUCGAUGGAUACUUCCGUGCUUCAAAAAAAUUUGCUUCAGAGGAACAUAUUGUGCGGUUACUACAAGUUCACAAAGACAUUGAGAGUAAUGGUAAGUAUGAUUUGAGUUACGAUGAGUUAGUACACGGAUGUUGCAUGGCUUGGCGCAAUGCCCCACGAUGCGUCGCAAGAGUUCAGUGGCAAUCCUUGAAGGUCUUCGAUGCUCGGCAUGUUCAAACAGCCCAAGAAAUGUUCGAUAGCCUUGUCGAGCACAUCAAGUACGCAACAAAUCAAGGGCGUCUUCGUUCAGUCAUAACCGUCUUUCCAGCCCGCACUGACGGCCAGCUCGACUUUCGUAUUUGGAACAGCCAAUUGAUUAGUUACGCUGGCUAUCGGAACCCGGAUGGAACAGUACAAGGAGACCCUUCCAACAUUCAGUUUACUGAGCUGUGUCUCUCAUUGGGAUGGGAUAGACAAGAGAGAACUCAAUUCGAUGUUCUCCCCCUUGUCCUUCAAGCUAAGGGUCUUGCGCCCCAAGUUUUCUUACUUCCGGAUGACAUUGUACUUCAAAUUCCUCUCGUGCAUCCAUCGUUGCCUUGGUUCGGAGAAUUGGGAUUGCGUUGGUACGCCCUACCUGCGGUAGCCAAUAUGCUCUUUGACUGUGGGGGUAUCCAGUUUCCAGCUGCUCCCUUUAAUGGAUGGUAUAUGGGCACAGAGGUAGGCUCUAGAGAUCUGUGCGAUCCUCAACGCUAUAAUAUAUCAGAAAUGAUUGCCAGAAAAAUGGAAUUAGACACGAGCACUCACGCCACACUUUGGAAAGACACAGUUUUGUUAGAGGUGAACAAAGCGGUGCUGUACAGUUAUCAAAAGUGUGGGGUGACUACCUGGGACCAUCAUACGGCCUCUGAAUCUUUCAUCCAGUUUUACGCACAUGAAAUGAAGACGCGCGGAGGAUGUCCAGCCGAUUGGAUUUGGCUUGUUCCGCCAAUGUCUUCUUCUUCUUCGCCACUUUUUCAUCAAGAAAUGUCCUUUUACUUUCUCAGGCCGUCUUUCGAAUAUCAAAUGGCAGCCUGGUCGAAUUUCCAGACGAAAUCAUUAGUCAAAAGUAAAGGACAAGGUAACUCGAAGAAGAAAAUGAUGGCAGUUAUUAUAGCGGUUCGACUGUGCAGUUAUUUGUUCUCCUCUCGUUGGUCGAAGCGACCCAAAGUGGUCGUCCUAUUUGCUUCACAAUCCGGAAGAGCUGAAAACUUUGCGACGAAAGCAUUCGUCAAGUUCAAAUCUCUUUUCCAGGCCAAUCUUUACUCUAUGGCUGAAUUUGAUGCCAACAAAUUGCAAGACCAACAAGCAAUUAUUAUAGUUGCAUCGACGUUCGGAGACGGAGAGGCUCCCAUCAACGGAGAAGAAUUCAAGAAAAAUCUCAUCAAAAUGAGCAAGGAAAACUUUAAAUUUCGACACAUCAACAAUGAACUCCCAUGUUUUGCCGUUCUGGGUCUGGGGUCGACAUCAUAUCAACAAUUUUGCGCGUUCGGGAAAUUUAUCGACAUAACGUUUAAAGAACUGGGGGGAACCCGUCUGUUGCCGCUCGCUUGUGCCGACGAACUUAACAAUCAAGAAAAAACUGUUCAGACUUGGUUGUCAGACAUAACUACUGCGCUGUGUAAACAAUUUCUCAUCGAAGGAAUAAACUACAACAAUUUUAUAAAUGAGGAAUCAUCUGCUGAUCAGCCAAGCGUCCAUUUUUCAGCGCGUUUCAUCACAUCGUCCCAAGAGGAAAAAGAAGACGUCUUGCAUGUUCUUUCGUCUGUCCACCAGAAAGAGGUGUCACUUGUUAGGAUAUCAGGAAAGACUUUAAUCGGUGAUCCUGCUAGGCCAAACCGAGAAGGUCAUGCAACAAUCCAUCUUCAGUUAAACACAUUAAACCCGGAAACACUCAAGUACAAACCCGGAGAUCACUUGGCCGUCUUUCCUCGGAAUAAUCGAGACAUGAUGCAACGCUUUGUACUUCGUCUAAGAAACUGUCCCGCGUCCAAAUCAGCAACGAUUCAACUUCAAGUUCAGGGACCCAAUGGAAACAAUUGGAAGAGAAUUCCGCCGUGUUCGUUCGAAAAUUUACUGGCGCGAUUCAUAGAUUUGACCAGCCCACCUUCACAGACUACUCUUCGACUUAUGGCUUCGUCAGCAAUCGAUCAAAAAGAUAAAAUGCGACUUGAAAUUUUAGCCGAGGAUUUGGCAGCUUAUCAAAAAUGGGUAUCAUCCGUUAAUCCUAAUAUUGUGGACGUCUUGGAGGACUUUCUUUCCGUCGAUGUCGAUGCGGCGGCUUUAAUCAGCACGCUACCAAUGAUUCAACCUCGUUUCUACAGUAUUUCCUCUUCCGCUGCCUUUGCACCGACUGAAAUCCAUCUAACAGCAAGUUUAGUCCGUUACCGGACUGAAGGUGGCAAAGGCCGUCUUUUCCACGGACUCUGCACUUCUUACUUGGAACAAACCAAUCGGGGAGAUUUUAUCAUUUGCUAUUUCAAGUCCAAUCCAAGCUUUCAUUUACCACCCUAUCCGUUAAAGCCCAUCAUUUGUAUCGCUGCUGGAAGUGGUAUCGCACCUUUAAGAGGUUUCUGGCAACAAAGACAUUUUGAAAAGGGCGCAUUUCAUCACACUUUUAUCUCCAAACUGUGGGGGAAUUUUUCGAAACGACCUGUCCAGCAACAAUCGUCCAAUCAGUAUGGUGCAAUCUACAUGUACUACGGAUGCAGAGAAAAAACUUCACAGCCGUUUCGUAAUGAACUGGAUACGAUGAUGCAGCAUAAGGUCAUCACCAAAACCUUUGUGGCAUUUUCUAGAGAAACCGCAAAGCCGAAAGAAUAUGUCCAAGAUUUGCUUUGGAAGGACGGAGCUCGGGUGUCUACGCAAAUUUUAAACGAGGGAGCUUACGUGUACAUUUGUGGGAAGACAGCGAUGGCCACCCAAGUGGAAGAGACUAUAAUCCGGAUUAUUCGUCAAUACGGCGAAAUGAAUCACGACGAAGCGGAAAUGGUCUUCAGAAAUCUUAAAGCGGGGGGUCGUUACAAGACUGACAUAUUUGGAUCAAAAUAGAAAAUAAGUGAAAUACCUGGGAUAUCACAAUCUUAAAAUUUUUUAUAUU